GCGCGCUAUUCCCUCCAGUGAGUGAUUUAGAGAAUAAAGCUUAAAUACGAACUACGAAACAAUAAUAAUGAGGGGAUAGAGGAAACUAUGAUAAUAUGGCAUGCAAUGGAGCAGCAGCAGCAGCAGCACAAACAGCAACCGCAACGAGUCUAACAAUAUGUCAGAGUAGGAAGCGCGAAAUAACAAACAGAAAUUUGAUACGAUACCUCGAAACGGCGAAUGUGACGAGCAAAACACAGAGACAGAAAGCACAGAAUGAAGCGCGAAGCCAAAGCGUGUGUGUGCCCUGUGUGUCUGUCCAUGGGCAUGGAUAUCAUUAUUGUAUUUCGUUUCGUUUUGUUUUGUUUUGUUUUGUUUGUGCUGUGCUGUGUUGUGAUGUGUUUAGUUUUGGCUUGUGAGCGCGUGUUCUUCUGUAUCUUUCGGAUACGUUAGCCAAAAAUAUGUGCGGUAUGCGGUGUAUGCGGAAUGUUUUCAAAAAAGGUAUCCGAGUCGAGUCUCGUGGCUUACCAAAACGUUUCUGAAUCAUUACACUCGAAAACGGUCUCUAUUGAAAGUCGGAACUCCAACUUAAUAAUGAAAACAAACCGCCUUGUACUAUUGCGCCACGGCGAGAGCGAGUUCAAUCUGAGGAAUCUGUUUUGCGGCUGGCACGAUGCGCCGCUCAGUGCCAGUGGUUUGGAAGAGGCGCGCACCAUCGCGGCAGCUAAUUUGAUAGCAGCCAAGUUGGUAUUCGACAAGGUUUACUGCUCGACACUGAGUCGCUCUAAACGUUCCGCUGAGGUGAUCUUAAGCGAAAUGAAAUGCUCCUUUCUGCCGACGGUGUCUGACUGGCGACUCAAUGAGCGCCACUACGGCAAUCUGACCGGUGCCAAUAAACGGGAUAUGGCCAAUCGAUAUGGCGAGGAGCAGGUACAGUUUUGGCGACGCAACUAUGACGGCCUGCCACCCCCAAUCGAGACCAGCAACAAAUACUUCUAUCACAUCUGCAACAAUCCCGCCUUUCAAGCUGUGCCCAUCGAUCAAUUCCCGCUCACCGAAUCGAUGCGCAUGUGCGUGGACCGAGUCAGUCCCGUCUGGUCGGAGAUUCGCAAGGAAGUGCUGGAAGGCAUACGGGUUCUGAUCGUCGUCCAUGGCACGGUGACCCGAGCUCUGGUUAAGCACAUCGAAGGGCUGAGUGAAGAACAAAUUGAGAAAGUGAACAUACCCAAUAGUGUGCCCAUUGUUUACGAGUUCAAUAUGAAAACCGGUGAGCUAAUCGGUGGCAGCAAAUACCUGGGAGACGCCAAAUACAUUGAAAAAAUGACAGAAAAAGUGGCAGGUAUUGGCAAUUAAAUACUAAAAUUACAAUUAAGGAAAAACAUGUCGUUUUUUUUUUGAGAAACCUAUUUUGUUAGUAAUAAGAAAAUAUAUUUAAUUUAACACUUUGUGUCAAGCACUUAUUGAUUUCUAUUUAGUAAUAAUAUAUUGUGUUUGUAUCUACGCUCAUAAUUGGCAUAGAGUUUUGUCUUCUGACAAACGUUGUCAGUUCAAGUAA